UGACCCUCCAGAGAAGGCGCGACGCGACCACCGGAACGACAACUCCCUGAUCAGAGGUGCUGCAGGUGAAGCGGCCCCCCCUCCCCUCCCCUCCCCUCCCCUCCCCUCCCCUCGCACGCUCAGCCCAGCGGCCGUGAGGAGGAGGACUGGCGAGGAGCUCAGGGGGGACGUCCCUCCGUCGGGCCGUACUGUACUGGCCGAUCUGAAGCACCUCCCCCGUAGCGAGGAGAGGCGGGGCCGCCUGACCUUCAGCAAGACAGACGCCGUCCUCGUAAACGUGGAUGUUUUCAACCGCGAAGGACGACUUGUGGCUCAGCAGGGGGCCGACAUGUGGAACAGCAGCGUUGUGAAGAUGCCGUGUUCCCCGUGGAGCUCCAUGGUGAAGCCUGGAGGUGCAUUCAAGGCCGCGGCCCCGGCGAGGAGGUGGGAGGUGAUCUCCAAGCAGCUCGGCGCUCUGGCCAGGAAGACGGCGGCGAGCGCCGAGGACGUCGAGGGCGCCGUCAUGAAAUACAACCCCAAAUAUAAAGACCAGUGGUCCUUUGAUGCCCUCUGCAGAUUUGUGAAGAUCGUCCCGGAGACGGAAAAUUAUUUCCCCAAAUUGUUUCCAAAGAUGGCGGCGUUGGCUUUGCGUCUUCCCGACUACGUGAAGAAGAGCGUCCCGCUGCUCCGGAGGGGCGAAGCUGCCUCCGUCACCCUGUCCCAAGUGCAGAUAUCCUGCCUCCUCGCCAACGCCUUCUUCUGCACCUUCCCCCACCGCAACACCACCAGCUCCACCGCCGAGUACCACCGCUACCCCUCCAUCAACUUCACUAGCCUGCUGGGUCAGUGGUCCGAGCGGAAGAAGGAGAAGCUGAGGGCCGUCCUGCAUUACUUCCACGUGAUGACGGAGGAGAAAACUAAAUCUGAAGGACUGGUGACGUUUGAAAGGCGCUGUGUCAGAGACUCCGAUUUGGUCAACUGGGGGAGCUGUAAAGAGAAGAUGAAUAAACUUUACGUCUCGUCACACGGAACCAUUGAGACCGAAGGCACUGGUUUGCUCCAGGUGGACUUUGCCUCCAGCUGGAUCGGUGGAGGUGUUCUGGGUUCUGGUCUGGUGCAGGAGGAGAUCCUGUUCCUCAUGAACCCGGAGCUGAUCGUGUCUCGCCUCUUCACUGAGAAGCUGGCGGACAACGAGUGUCUGAUCGUCACAGGCUCUCAGCAGUUCAGCUCCUACUCGGGUUUCGGGGACAGCUUCGAGUGGGCCGGCCCUCACGAAGACGUCCUGCGCAGAGACAAGUGGGCUCGGCUGCAGAGGCAGAUCGUAGCCAUCGACGCGCUGCACUUCAAACAGAGGAGGGAUCAAUACAACAUGAUCAGCGUGAGGCGGGAACUCAACAAGGCGUUCUGCGGAUUCAAGCGUCACGACCACGACAAGCCGGACAUCGCCACGGGCAAGUGGGGCUGCGGCGCCUUCAACGGAGACCCUCAGCUCAAAGCCACGAUCCAGCUGAUGGCGGCGGCGGCGGCCGGCAGGGGUUUGGCCUUCUUCACCUUCAGGGACGAGGAGCUGGAGCUGGGCCUGCGGAGGACGCACCACCUGCUGGUGGAGGAGGGGGUGACUGUCGAGAAGCUGUUCAGACUCCUGGAGGACUUCUGCGCCGCUCAGCAGGCGUCGGGCGGCUCCCACGUGGACCUGUUCCACUUCAUCUGGACCAACAUCGGGCCCUCCAGGAGUCAGCUGUGAGGAGGGACGCAGGCGUUGCACUAAAAUCCAACACGAAUGUUUUUUAUACAGUGAUGAAGAAUUGCGAUUUGGUUUUUGUUGGUGGUAAAGGUAUUUUUUGGCGUUUGCACAUUACUUUGUUAAAUAAUUUUA